UGUGAUUUCAUGGUUUACACUCUUGAUUCUUGACUCGGGAUAUUGGAUGGACUAAAGCAAAGAAAUGAAUGAGAGGACAGAAGAGGAAAGAUUCUAAGACUGAAGCUAAAGAUAAAACAGGGAUACUGCUGCAAUAUGGUAUUCAAGAAAAAGGGUUCAUCACAGCGAUUGUCUGGUCCAAAGAAAAGAAGAGGACAGAAGAGUAAAGAGUCCGAGACUGAAGAUGAAGAUAAAAGCAGUGAUGCCACAAACAUUGAAGAGGCACCAGAGAUGUUGUUGGAGCAACCCGGAGCACACUGUAAUGCCACAAAUGCUGAAGAGGCGCCAGAGAUGGACUUGGAAUUUGGUAACAGGGUACAAAAAGAGUCCAACAGCUUGGAAUCUUUAAGACCUGACUAUGUGAGCAAUGAUGCAGUUGGAGAUUCCCCACCACUGACUUAUAUUGAAAUCAGAGCCAUAGGAGAAAAACACGGCUUUAUCACUGGUGACUGCUCUGACACUUCCCUUACUCUCAUAAAACUCUCUAUUCAUGACAGCAAGGCAGUAGUUACAAUCUCCCUUAUUUUUGAUAAACUUUUUACAUGGACGCUUUACAUCCACAAUAAACACUGUAAUUCAUCAUGUAGCACAUUAGCUAAUGUGCCAGUGAGAAUGACCUGUAAAGCAGAUGCUAUGCUACAGCUCUAA